CGAUUCUUGUUACAUCAAUAAUAGGAUAUAUAUUUAUUCCAUGGUCAGAAAUUGUUAGUAAAAAGCUUUUAAUUUUUUUGUCAGGAAAUCCUGCAAGUGAUGUAUUAAUAACAUUGGUAGUAAAAGUGUAAACAUUAAAUAAAGAUAUGAUUAUCCAGGAAGAAGGUCAUAUGUAUUGAGCAAAUUGAUGAAAUUAAAUUUCAUAUUUAUAACAAGGCAUUAUUUUUUAAGCAAAAUGCCUCACUAUGCAGUAGCCAGGGGUCGAAAACCUGGAAUUUACGCUACAUGGGAUGAAUGCAGUGCUCAGGUUCUUAAAUUUCCUGGAUCAAUAUACAAGAAAUUUGCAACAGAAAGCGAGGCUCAAAACUUCAUAAAAGAGCGUUCUUCUUCAACUGAGGGAACAAAUUCUAAGAGCCUCUCUUCAUCAAAAAUUGUAAAAUCUGCAAGAUUUCAAACCUUACCGAAACAGUUGUUUACACUUGGUGGUAAGCAAUCUGCAAUAGUUCAGACAAAAUCAUUAUCAUCAAUUUCAAAGAGGACUUUAUCUACAAGUGACGAUAGUAAUGAACACCCGAGCAAAAAGAGAAAAAUAACUGACAUUUCAAACAAUUGCCUUAGAUUAGCUCAGUGUCUCAACCAGGAUGACAAAGCGGAUUUUAUCGUGGAUGAAGACGGUUAUGUAAACGUUUUUACGGAUGGCGCAUGCAGUUCGAAUGGAUAUAAGAAUGCACGAGCCGGUAUCGGUGUUUGGUUUCGAGACAAUCAUCCCUUAAAUGUAUCUGAACCGGUAAACGGGCGACCUACUAACAACAUGGCAGAAAUCCAAGCUGUUACAGUAGCUGUGAGACAGGCGAAAAAGGCAGGAAUCAAGAAGUUGAAAAUCAACACUGAUUCUAAAUUUCUCAUCUCCUGCAUUACGCAAUGGAUGCCAGCGUGGAAGAGGAGAGGAUGGAAAACUGUGGAGAACAAACCAGUUAUAAAUAAAACAGAAUUAUUGGAAAUGGAGAAAGAAUUAGGGAACUUGACUGUUGCUUGGAAUCAUGUGAAUGGACAUGCAGGAAUUUACGGUAAUGAAAUGGCAGACCAACUGGCAAGAGAAGGCUGCCUGCGAUAUAAAAACCAAGCUGAAUAAAAGAUGAAAAGUGCAACUACUUCUUACAAAUUAUAUCUUACAUUAUUUGUUUUAUUUUUACAUACAUAAACUUUUCUAUAGAGAACAUUAUGUAGUAUUUAUUGUACAUGAAAUCUAAUAUAUAAUUCACUUUUGUUAUAA